AUGGGGAAAAAGGAAGAUAGACGUUUCACCAAGCCCAACCUUAAGUUAGUCAACAAAGCAAGCUUGGAUAGGGUAUUGAAAGCCGAGAUAUACGUGAACGAAGCUGAUGGCCAACUCCGGGCAGCCCAUUUAAUCCUCGGCUACACCCCCCUCUCGUUUGCUCUCCAAGUGCCGAAGUGCGUGAUCAGAGCCCGCUAUCCUCGACUUCACCGUAUUAGUGUUGACUACAAGAGGUUCAUCGUUCCAGAAGGAGUCUCUUCAUCCCAGCCUGUCCUCAGAGAAGAGGAAGUAGAAGAGAAAGAGGAAGAGGAAGAAGAAGAGGAAGAAGUUGUAGAACUCUCAGACUCCUCGGAAGAUAAUGGGGUUUUUUAUCAACCUAUACGCUCCGAGGAAGAUCUUGACGAAAUGGAAAUACAAAGGAAGCCCCAAAGAAGUUUAAUGGAGUUGAUCGAGAAUCAGCCUGGUAAGAAUGUGCCGGGGAAAUCAAUGCAAUCUCAAAUUCCUUCUCUUCCCACCAGGUCUCCUCCUCCUGCUCCUCAUCCACCUUCUCAUCAUCCUCCACAGCCAGUCAGAGCUGAUGCUGCAGAGUUAAAAAGGCGCAGGGAGCAGAAGAGGAAGGAUGCGGUCAUCCAAAACACUUUUAAGCUGGAUGAGAUGCUUAAUUGCUGCUACAGUCAGCUAGAUGACGAAAGGAAGCAACAAGCGUUGGCUAUACAGACUUUGACACAAUCCGAGCAGGACUUGGCUGCUGCGAGGAAGAAAUUACUUGCUGAGGAGCAAGCUCGCAAGUGCGCUGACUCGGCCUUGGAAGGCUUUCAAAAGCAAGCCGAGGACCAGGGAAAGCGCUUGCAUGAAGCAAAUGCAAAACUAAAGGCUGCCCGGGAGCAAAUUGCAGUCCUUAAAAAGCACUUGGAGGAAACCCAAAAGCUGAGGGAGCAAGCUAAAAAGUCCAGAGAGGAAGCUGAGAAAGCAAAAGCCGAGGCCGAACAGGCAACGAACGAGGCCGAGCAGAAAGGCUAUGAAAUCGGUGUGGCUAAGACGGAGGAGACACUAAGGGCAGAGGUGACAAUGGUAUGCCGCAUCUACUGUGCCCAAACUUGGGACGAAACCCUUAACCGAGCUGGGGUUGAGGCUUCAUCUGAGUUAAGGAGGCCAGAGAACGUGUUCUACCCUGAAGCAAUCUGCACCUCAGCUCUUUCAUCCAGUCAGGCUGAAGACAAUUCCUCAACCAUUAACCCUAAUGAGGAGGUUUUGCCUCCAAGUCUUCCUCCUCCUGGCCAACUAGAGCUAGCUAAAGAGAAUAAUGCCCCUCCAGAAGUCUCCUUGGACAAGACUACAACUGCUUCCGAGGCAGAGGUGGCCUCUCAGGGCUUUUAA